AUGGCUAUCCGUACACACAGCAACUCCACAAAUGAUAUUAACAACCCUCACACUCAUGCUCCUACUGCCGGAAGCCGACACCCGAUGUAUCAUGGUAUCAGAUGCAGGCUUAAGACUGGAAAAUGGGUUUCUGAAAUUCGGGUUCCACACACGUCCACCCGCAUUUGGUUGGGGACGUAUCCCACACCAGAGAUGGCGGCUGCGGCUUACGAUGCGGCUGCAUUGACUCUCAAAGGAUCUCAUGCAUUACUAAACUUUCCCGACUCAGUUCUGACUGAUCCUCUUCCUGAGUGUCCCUCUGCUGAUGACAUAUGUGCGGUAGCUGCACGCGCAGCAGCUGCUCGACGACAUCCGUCAAAUAAGGAGGAGACUGGAAGCAGUACACGUGGAGAAUUUAUGGACCAUAAGGAGGAGACUGGAAGAAGUACACGUGGAGAAUUUAUGGACCAUGACGCAGUAUUCGACAUGCCAAAUAUGUUAUCCGACAUGGCGGAGGGAAUGCUGCUGAGCCCACCGAGAAUGAACUCUAUCCCGCCACAUGAGAAUCAGUACGAAGAUUGCUACGGUGGAUGGAAUCUAUGGGACUACUGA